CUCCUUCCUCUCUCUCUCCUUCUCACACUGCCCCUAUCCCCUAUACUUUCUCAAACACCAUUUACCAUACAAGAUCCACGUGGCAUGAGUAAACCAACUAACUCUAACUCCUGCAAACUACUCCACCAAUACAAGAAUGCCACGUAACUAAAAAAAAUUACAAUCCUGUCAUAUCUUCACAGCUGAUCUCACGCACCACUACCAAUCCCAAUCCGGCCACCACCGUAUCCUUGCCCACCACCGCGACAUUGCCGGCUCACCAGACAGCAUUCACCAUCACACAUGACGUGGCACCUAAAGAUCAGAUGAUAUCCGAAAAUUAACCAAUAAGAAUACGCCAGCUCAGCGAUCAAAUCCCAUUGCUGUUUGAAUCCAAACAGCUGAUCGUAUGAAACCGCGCGGAAUCCCCACCACCGCCACCACCGCAUCCACCACCCCUUCAUGGCCUCCUCCCCACCGCCACUCCAAACCCUAACCCUAAUUCUAAACCUAACGUGAUGACCGCCGGGCCCUCAUCGGAGCGCCACCUCACGGCGGCGGCGGCGCCGAGGAAGUCCACCCCGGGCCAGCCAUGGUCGCACGCCGAGACUCUCGCGCUUGUCGCCGCCUACGAGGAUAAAUGGAAUGCCUUACGCCGUGGCCAGUUGAAGGCUCAGCAGUGGGAAGAGGUCGCUGCCGCCGUUGCCGCCGCCUGUGGCGGUGGAGCCGGUGAGUCACUCUCGAAGUCUGGCACCCAAUGCCGUCAUAAGAUCGAGAAGCUCCGCAAACGUUAUCGUGCCGAGCGUCAACGCCCGAUCCCCUCUCUGUGGCCGUACUUCGCUUCCAUGGAUCGCCUUGAGCGAGGUCCUCUUCCCUUAUCCUCUCGCCCUCCUAUCCUCGCUCGCCCCAGCCUCCCGUUCUCCUCCCCUGAUGACGAUUCCUCUGACCCCUCCGAUGGUGAAAGCGAUCGAGGAGGCGGCAGCAAUACGCGGAGCAUCAGCGGGAUCAUGAGGGGAUUCUCGCCUAGGGUUCCAAGGAACCCAAAUUUGGGGAAAAGGAUGGAUUUUGAUGAUGAGGAGGAAGAGGAUGAUGACUCGGAUGAUGGGGAGGAUUCAGGGCGUGAGGGAAAGAUAGGAGCAAUGACAGGGCUGGCAGCAGUGGUGAAGAGGUUUGCAGAAGGGUUUGAGAGGCUGGAGAAGAGGAGGAUGGAGAUGAUGCGGGAGGUGGAGCGGGAUCGGAUGGAGAUGGAAGCCCGCCGAGAGGAGAUGGUGCUGGAAUCACAGCGCUGCCUAGUCGAGAGCAUUGCCGCUGCCUUCGCAGCCGCAGCUCCUCCGGCGAAGAAGGGCAAGAAGUCAGAGGAUUGAUUUGAAGUCCAUUCAUCUGAGGUGAAUUUUCUACUGGAUAAGCAAAAUUUUGUUUGAAAAUAAUUCAUUUACAUGCUUGAUUCUCUAGUCUUCUUGGAUUUUUAUGUGUUCUCUAGCUCCCUCCAUUAAUGGUGAAUCUUGAAGUUUUAAUUUAUGCAUAAUUCUUCUUUGUUUCCGAUGCUUGUUUGUAGUUCGGAAAAGUUAGAUUUUUCAUGCUUAUGUAUGUACUUGUUCAAUUCCUAAUAAGAAAGGCAUGGCAAAGGAAAUAAAGAAGGAUCUUGUUGGUAUCUA